GAGCCCUGGCGGCUCCCGCGGGCGGCGGCGAUGGCGGGCAGGGGCCGGGGGCAGCAGGGCGCGCCGGCGGGGCCCCGCGGCCGCUGAGCGAGCAGGUUUCCAGUCCCUGUACACCUCUGGAAGGAGCUCACUAUGACAGGGCAGAGUCUGAAGGCUUUAUCUGAAGGAAAUUUCGAAGACAAUGAGAUCAGCAUCAACGUUGGAGGCUUUAAGAAAAAGAUGAGAUCCAACACGUUGUUAAGGUUCCCCGAGACCAGGCUGGGGAAGCUGCUGAGCUGCCACUCAAAGGAGUCGAUCCUGGAGCUCUGCGACGACUAUGAUGACACCAAGAAUGAAUUCUAUUUUGACAGGAAUCCCGAGCUCUUUCCCUACGUGCUACAUUUUUACAACACUGGCAAGCUCCACGUCAUGGGUGAGCUCUGCGUGUUUUCCUUCAGCCAGGAGAUCGAGUACUGGGGAAUCAAUGAAUUCUUCAUAGACUCCUGCUGCAGUUACAGCUACCAUGGGAGGAAAAUGGAACCAGACCAAGAGAAAUGGGAGGAACAAAGCGACCAGGAAAGCACCACAUCUUCUUUUGAUGAGAUUUUGGCAUUCUACAACGAUGCCUCUAAAUUUGACAAACAACCCUUUGGAAACAUCAGGAGGCAGCUCUGGCUUGCUUUGGAUAACCCUGGGUACUCGGUCUUGAGUCGAAUCUUCAGCGUGCUUUCCAUAGUGGUGGUGCUGGGCUCCAUCGUGACCAUGUGCCUGAACAGCCUCCCAGACUUUCAGCUUGUUGACAGCAGUGGGACCCCCGAGGAAGACCCUCGCUUUGAAAUCGUGGAGCACUUUGGUAUUGCAUGGUUCACUUUUGAACUGGUGGCGAGAUUUGCAGUAGCUCCUGACUUUCUGAAGUUUUUCAAGCAUGCCCUUAAUCUGAUCGACCUAAUGUCUAUCCUCCCAUUUUAUAUUACCUUGAUUGUCAACUUGGUGGUGGAAAGCAGCCCCACUUUAGCAAAUUUAGGCAGGGUUGCACAAGUCCUGAGACUCAUGAGGAUCUUUCGCAUCUUAAAGCUUGCUAGACACUCCACGGGUCUUAGGUCUCUCGGAGCCACCCUGAAGUAUAGUUACAGAGAGGUGGGGCUUCUUUUGCUUUACCUCUCUGUUGGCAUCUCCAUUUUCUCAGUAGUGGCUUACACCAUUGAGAAAGAAGAGAACGAGGGGCUGGCCACCAUCCCCGCCUGCUGGUGGUGGGCUACCGUUAGCAUGACCACAGUUGGCUACGGGGACGUGGUGCCGGGGAGCACAGCUGGCAAGCUGACGGCAUCCGCAUGCAUCCUAGCCGGUAUCCUGGUGGUUGUGCUUCCCAUCACACUCAUCUUCAACAAAUUCUCCCACUUCUACAGGCGCCAGAAGCAGUUAGAGAGCGCCAUGAGGAGCUGUGAUUUUGGUGAUGGCAUGAAAGAAGUUCCAUCAGUCAACUUGAGGGACUACUAUGCUUAUAAAGUUAAAUCUCUCAUGGCCAGUCUUACCAAUAUGAGCAGGAGUAGCCCCAGUGAGCUGAGCCUGAAUGAUUCACUGCAUUAGUGUUUGACAGCAGUUUGCAUGAGAGCUAUCAAGAGCUGUGCUGAUAAAUGUUCUCCUCUCUGUCUUUCUCCUUUUUCUUUUUUCCUAGAGGGUAGUGUUGCUGACACAACUUUGCACUUGAGACAGUAAAGACAUUUCUAUGAUGAUUUGACAGUUUGCACUUUGUCACCCUGCCGCGUAGGUCCUAAGUGCUGACUUUUCCAUACAGAUGCUACUGCUGCCACGACCUUAGCAGGGCAGUGAGCUGUUACUUUGUGCAUUUCCUCAUCUAAGCAGAGAAAUGAAUGUACCCAAGUGGAAUAAAAGCUCUCAGCUGUGACACGGGUCAUGAACAAACCACCUGUCACCUAUGCUGGUAUCUGCACUGGUGUGGGACUCCCCGUGCAUGUUUCAAACAGUCACCUGUGAAUCACUGGCACAGGAGCACUCCUCCCCACCUUCCUGACUGGUAAUUCUGAUCCUCACAUGUCUGAAAGCACCUCUGAGCUUCACAUUUCAGUGGAAGUUUGCUUACUCUGGAGCAUGUGUGUUAAAAUCUGGGUGUCCUUGUUCUGAAACGUUACGUGUGGUAUUUUUCAGAAGCUCCUAAACCUACCUCUGCUUGAAAGAUCAGGUCUGAGCCCUCUGAAGAGCCCACCUCUCAUUCUCAUAUAGCUACAUGCUCAAAGACCACAUUUCCACAGGUGACUGUAGGUAUGAAGGCCCCAAAAGACAUCUCAGCUUUCCAUUUCUAGAAGUGACCUGCACAGAGCUGGCUUUCCAGUGAAGCUGGAGAUGUGCUGUAUUUCAGUCCAUCAAGAUGGUUCUGAGCUCAGGCUCACAAACCCGUGGGCUUUCCACACUUAGAAGCUCCAAUGAGAAGCUUGGCUUUGUUUAAUGAAGCAAAAUAUUCCCACACCAACAGUGCAGGCAGCGUUUUAGGAACUGACAUUCGUGUGCUGCAAAAAGACUAAUUAUAAAGAUGCCAUAUGUGGUGCUGAGAUAUCCAAUCUAAUUUUAACAGGAAAGCUUGAAAGCAGGUGCUGAUGGCAGACAAGUCCAUUAAGCUUUCUGCCAAGGGAUCUCUAAGGAAAAAAAAAAGAAAACAAACCCCUGUAAGUCACACUGUCCCUCAGAGAGGGACUUGCAGCUGAGGCAGAGUGUAAGGGCCUGAGAAAGGAACUGAUGAAGAGCUUCACACUGCGCUGACUGUGGGCAGAUCCUCCCACCUGCUCCUGGGGCAGAGCUGGAUAAAUCCUUGUGCUGGCCUCCAUUUCUCUACUUACUUUGUUUGUGGGGUUUUUGUUUGUUUGUUCAUUUUCCUGAGGGUUUCUUGGGUUUUCAAGAGUAACCUUAAAUCUGCAUAAGCUUUGGGUUUUUGACUGUUCAGUCUGAACAGAACGCUGCUGAGCGUUCAGUCUGGAGAAGGGGAGGCUGAGAGAGACCUCAUUGCCUUAAGGGAGCUUGGAGCGAGGAGGGGGCAGCCUCUUGUCCUUGGUGGCAAGAGACAGGAGCAGAGGAAAUGGUUCCAAGCUGCACCUGGGGAGAUUCAGGCUGGAUGUUAGGAAAUAUUUCUGCACUGGAAGGGUUCUCAAACGUUGGAACAGGCUGCCCAGGGCAGUGCUGGAAUCACCAUCCCUGGGGCUGUUCAAGCACUGUGUGGACCUGGUGCUUAGGGACAUGGUUUAGUGGUGACCCUGCAGUGCUGGGUGGACUAGAUGAUAUUGAAAGUCUCUUCCAGCCAGAGAGACUCUGU